AUGUCGACUCGCAGGCCCCAAUUCAACCAGCAGGUCCUCAUCGACGCGACCCCUCUCCCCGAUGAUAUCCCUGCGGUCAAGGAGAUUGGUGCCAGCUCGGCCCCUCUCCUGUCGGCAUCCUUCUUCAUCGGCGCCCGAUGCCGCGACUACAACGACGACUACAUGCAGUGCAAGACUGAGAACCCUGGCCGCGGCGAGUUUGACUGCAUGAAGGAGGGUCGCCGCGUCACCCGCUGCGCCCAGAGCGUUAUCAAGGACAUCAACACCCACUGUCUGGCCGAGUUCCGCAAGCACUGGGAGUGCCUCGACGACCGCAACCACCAGCUAUGGCAGUGCCGCCCUGCGGAGUGGAAGCUCAACAAGUGCGUCUUUGACAACUUGAAACUGGAAAAGAAGAUUCCCGACCAGCCCUCCAACGUCGUCCCCGUCGAGCUCCGCCCCAAGCAAAUCUUUGCCGACUUCCCGGUUGGACCAGGCGAGGGCAAGCCCUUCGUCACCGGCCAGUCUAAGCAAUAA